UGUUUGUUUUAUCCCUGCAGUGACCUGGUGAAUGGACUGGUGUCGCUGAUGAACAGUAACAUCAGUAGCCCUGUCAACCUGGGAAAUCCAGAGGAACACACCAUCUUGGAGUUUGCGCAGCUCAUCAAGAGUCUAGUUGCGAGCCGCAGUCAUAUUCAGUUCCUUCCAGAAGCGCAGGAUGAUCCACAGAGGAGACGGCCAGACAUCCGCAAGGCCAAACUGCUGCUGGGCUGGGAACCUGUGGUCCCACUGGAGGAAGGCUUGAACAAAACCAUCCAGUACUUCAGCCGAGAGCUGGAGCAUCAAGCCAACAAUCAGUACAUCCCCAAACCCCAAGCUGCCCGCAUGAAGAAAGGAAGACCCAGACACAACUGA